UGCCACAACAAAACAUUCCGCUGUCAGCUAAUUCAGGGCUGUACCCAUGUAGAUACUGGCACACAGAGGCCGUUACAGAUUAUUUACUUUUAAAUACGCAAAUUCUAUUAUUAGCCAAGAUCGAGUACCUGCCCGAGUAAUAACGAAAUUGACCCGGAGUCGUAAAGGUUGUGCAGGGUAAAGUCGAAGGGAGACGGACAGGAAAAAAACAAAGAUGGCUGUGUAGCCAGAGAGACGGGUCCCAACAGAGCUGUCUCUAGCCGCGGCUUUAAUCACCGACAGGUCCCGUGGGUCCCGUGGACAGUCAGUCGGUACCGGAGCAGGGACGUUAGACGAGCAGCCGAGCUGGGCCACGGGUGCAUAUCGUUGUAAUCUGCUGUCAUCGCGACUCACGGCGUCGAGAGCACAACAACAGCUGAGGGACGCCUGAGUUGUUUUUGUUCUGCCUGGGCAGAGGGAGAGGACUGCUGUGUUUUUGUCAACGUAGCUAGCACAUAGUCUGCUAGCCUCACUGUAAGUCAGCAAAACUAGUCAACAUUUAAUUUAGUCGUAAUUACAUUUUGCUCAUGAUCUCGUUAUUACACAAUCAUUGGCUGGUGCAUAUUUCAAGUUCCUAAGUGUGGGAUAGCAUUAAUAAUAAGUUCGGCCGCAUUCCUUUCUGACAGCCUGCUGCCGUAGCGUUAGCCUGGCUAACGCUAGCUAGCUGUCAGCUGACCGUUAGCUUGACAGGCUGUGUGCUAGCCCUGAGCUAAUCUGCUAAUAUAUCGGGCUCAGCGUUGUCGCGGCAAGUACAUCUCAGACAUUUCUAGACAGUCAUCGCCAUGUCUUCACUGGAAGAGAGAGACGUGGGCGUUGCAGCCGCCGCUGGCUCCUCCUCGGCCGGCCUGGGGGUCGGGGCCGUGGGGGCAGCGGUGGAGGCUGUCGCCGGGGUCGCUGCCAUGCAAGAGGAGGUCGGGAUACGACGAGAAGGGCCCGAGCCUGACCCAGACGAGCCACCCAAGAAGAGGGUGAAAAUGCCCGAGGGAGAGUCAGGAAAGCUGGAGGAGAGACUGUACUCAGUGCUGUGCUGCACCGUGUGCCUAGACUUGCCCAAGGCGUCUGUAUAUCAGUGUACCAAUGGACAUCUGAUGUGUGCAGGCUGUUUCAUCCACCUCCUGGCUGAUUCUCGUCUCAAGGAGGAACAGGCCACAUGUCCCAACUGCAGGUGUGAGAUCAGCAAGAACCUUUGCUGCAGGAACCUCGCGGUGGAGAAGGCUGUCAGUGAGCUGCCGACAGAAUGUACCUUCUGCCUAAAACAGUUCCCACGCUCAAGCUUAGAGAGACACCAGAAAGAGGAGUGUCAAGACAGGGUGACACAGUGUAAGUACAAGAGGAUCGGCUGCCCUUGGCAAGGUCCGUUCCACGAGCUCCCAGCACAUGAGAGUGAGUGCUCCCAUCCCACUAAGACUGGUACAGAGCUGAUGGGAAUUCUGGGAGAGAUGGACCAGAACCACCGCAGAGACAUGCAGCUCUACAACAGCAUCUUUAGCCUGCUCUGCUACGAAAAGAUUGGGUUUACAGAGGUGCAAUUCAGGCCGUACCGCACUGAUGACUUCAUCACUCGCCUGUACUAUGAAACGCCGCGCUUCACAGUUCUCAACCAGACGUGGGUGCUGAAGGCCCGCGUUAACGACUCCGAGCGCAACCCCAACCUCUCCUGCAAGCGCACCCUCUCCUUCCAGCUCAUCCUCAAGAGCAAGGUGAACUCUGCCCUGGAGUGCUCCUUCCUGCUGCUGAAGGGGCCGUACGACGAUGUGCGGAUCAAGCCUGUCAUCCACCACCAUUCCUUCAGCAACGACGCCAACGAGACCGACUACGUCCCUCUGCCCAUCUCCGAUUCGGUGGAGUGCAACAAACUGCUGGCCGCCAAAAACAUCAACCUGCGCCUGUUCAUCUUCCAAGUCCAAAAAUAAGGAGUGAGGGAAGCAGAGGAGGAGGAGGAGGAGGAAGAAGGAAGAAGAAGAUGGAAAGGACGAGGAAGAAGAAUAAGGGUGAUGGAGGAUGAGGCAGAGAGAGAGUGGGAGAGAGGAUGUGAUGAAGAUUAAAGAGAGACACCACUGAACCACUGAUACCUCUUAACACCUACACAAUGACACACACACACACACACACACACACACACACACACACACACACACACACAAAUACACGCAUAUACACACUCACACAGACACACACACAAUCACGCAGGGUUACACACGCCUCCUCACACGCAUAUACACACACAUACACACACACCACUAAUUACACUUACCUCCUUUUACAAGAUAGUGAGACCCCUUGCUCGGGGAGCUAUGAGUUGCUAUGGAGAUGAGUGGGCAUUGAUAUGGGAUGGAGG